UUGACAAUAAUAAACCCCUUUACUUGGGUUUUGUCCUUUAGUGAAGCACUGCCCUGUAUCUCACUGCAGAUUUGCAGUAUAAGCCAGCUUUGUCCUUGUAACCUUAUGCCAGUUUGUUGACCAGCUGGUGUUCAUAGCAAUGCUCAAUAUCCUUUGGGUUUAUUGUACUAAUCCUGAAUGACUUUCUGACUGUCUUUUUCUAGUGUUCUCUGUUGGAAAUGUUACUAGACCAGAUAGUGCUAUUUUUAGUUGUAUAGUUUAUUGGCACCAUGAUUUAAGUAUAAGGCUCUUAACUAUACCCAGGGCCACUUCAUGCAUGCUGCCGUGCCACUAUAUAUUUAACAUCACACGUAAUGCUGUCUGGAUUAGGAUUUUGUCUGAGACUGCUGCAACAUACUGUAUGACCAGUAUAAAUCACAAGUUUGAAGGGCAGGCAGUGUCUGGCUGACCAGGUCAAAGAAAGCUGUUAUUCAUGGAACUUCAACACUUGAAUGUCAGUGGAACCGGCGGUAACAGUAAAAAAACAGAAGACAGCGGAACAUGUCAAUGCAUGAGGUUUCCCCAUCGGAGGUGUUUUGUGCUUCUCCUGUCUGUGGGGAUCCUGGUGAUCUUCUACGUAACCACCCUCUUCACUCUUCAUAUAAGCCAGACCCCACUCUGGCUGCUAGGAGGCCAAGAUCUAACUCCUCUCUCUUCUACCAAUGGAAAUGAGGGGGUGUUUUUUUCACCAUACAAUGUAGCCUACCCACAGAAAUAUCAGUUUGUCCUGGAUGAGCCUCAUGAGUGCCAGGACCGCAGCCCCUUCCUGCUUCUGAUGGUGCCAGUAGCUCCUGGUAAUCUGGUAGCCCGGGAGGAUAUCCGGAAGACUUGGGGUAAGGAGAGCCUGGUUCUGGGACGGGCUGUGCGUCUGUUCUUCCUGUUGGGCUUGCCCAGUGGAGCGGAGGCAGAGAGGAUGCAGGAGGAGGUGCUGCUUGAGAACCAGCAGUACCAUGACAUGCUGCAGAGUGACUUCCAGGACAGCUACUUCAACCUGACCAUCAAGACCAUGGUGAUGCUGGAGUGGCUGGCCUCUCGCUGCCCCGGCGCCUCCUUCGCCAUGAAGAUUGACUCUGACAUGUUCCUCAAUGUGCACAACCUGGUCAACAUGCUGAUAGACCCAACUACACCAAAGCACAACUACAUCACUGGGAAGUUCAGCCAAAACACACAAGUGGUGAGAGACCGCACCUCAAAGUGGUACAUUCCCAAUAAGGUUUACCCCAGUACCAAAUUCCCUCCCUACCUUUUGGGAAAUGGUUAUGUCUUUUCCAUAGAUCUUCCUGAGAAGAUAGUGGAAGCAUCUAAACAAGUCCGUGCCAUAUUUUUAGAGGAUGUCUACCUGGGUAUGUGUCUGAGCCAUUUAGGGAUUGCAGCCAGUUACCCACCUAACUCUUCCCUCUUCAAGGUUUCCAUGCCCUACACUCAUAAUCGCUGUUACUACUCUACUGUCAUCACUACCGAAAUGGACCGUGUGAGUGACCUGCUGCGAGUCUGGAAGGACUUACAGAGACCUGGCACCCCCUGCUAAGGACAAUGAAUACCUCUUAAAGCUUUGAAUCCUUACCCUGCUAAGGACAAUGAAUACCUCUUAAAGCUUUGAAUCCUUAUAAGUAUUAAGCACACUAUGUAAGCACAUGCAUACAAGUAUUAAACAAAUAGGUAGGCAAACGCACACACACACAGACACACACACACAGACACACACACACAGACACACACACACACACACACACACACACACACACACACACACACACACACACACACACACACACACACACACACACACACACACACACACACACAGGCAUCAUGGUAUCAUAGUAUAAUUCACUCAUUUUUCAUUUCAUUCUAAAGUAGUAACAUGUUAUUACACAGUAAUUACCAUAUGAUAUCACCAGAUAAUGUUGUUACAAUAACAGCAUUGCUACACAAGUAGAGCUACGUAAUGUGUAGUGUUACUGAUCAGUCUUGCAAGUAUAAUUUCCCAUGACUGUCUUAAAUUCAAAUGGCAACGUGGGAUCUUGUGUGUAUCUAUGAAGUAUCAAAUGAUGUUCUAAGAUCUUCAAAGAUGAGCAUGAUCAGUGUGUAUCACAUUAUCCCAUGUGACAGUAUAGUCUCAAUUUCUGUACAUCAUCAAGACAAACUCAUAUGUGGACACAACAUAACAACUACCUGCUGUUACACACCUGUCUUUUUCUACUGCACAAGAUUUUCACUGUCACUAGAUGGCAGCAGUGAAUUUGACUUAAACGUUUGUCUUGUAUGCUAUUGUUUAGGUUGCUUGUGAUUUGUACACUCAAUUGAUGCCUACUUAAGAUUGAUGUUGUUACAAAUUCCUGUACUGUUUGUAAAAAUGUUAAACUGAAUAAAAACAG